AUGUCUCGAAGCCGGACGCUAGUCUCGGCCUUGCGGCCAUCAACAGCCGUGAGCGGCAAGGCCGUCCGCGCCUUUUCUGUGUCGGCCGCUCAGCUCGUCAACAUGCCCAAGGAGGCUGAGAACCUGCGAAAGGCUCCUCGAGAUCACAUUGGAGUGCUGAAAGCUCCGCUUGUCAACCCGGCCGACAAGUAUCAGAGCAAGUCGGAUAACAUGCACCGGUAUGGAUCAUGGCUUAUGGGUUGCAUGCCCAAGUACAUCCAGCAGUUUUCGGUCUGGAAAGACGAGCUCACCAUUUACAUCUCGCCUUCCGGUGUCAUCCCCGUCAUGACCUUCUUGAAGUACAACACUGCCGCCGAAUUCACCCAAAUGAGCACCAUCACUGCAGCCGAUUUCCCCACGCGCGACAAGCGAUUCGAAAUUGUAUACAACCUCCUCUCCGUCCGCCACAACUCCCGUAUCCGCGUAAAGACCUAUGCGGACGAGGCGUCCCCCGUACCCAGUGUCACCAGCCUCUACGGUGGCGCCAACUGGUACGAGCGCGAAGUCUAUGAUCUGUUCGGUGUCUUCUUCGCCGGCCACCCUGAUCUGCGACGUAUCAUGACCGACUACGGUUUCGAGGGACACCCUCUUCGCAAGGAUUUCCCUCUGACGGGAUACACAGAGAUCCGCUACGACGAGGAGAAGAAGCGAAUUGUUACCGAACCUCUCGAGCUUACCCAGGCGUUCCGUAACUUUGAGGGUGGUUCUAGCGCGUGGGAAAUGGUUGGUCCUGGUGAGGACCGCAGACCAGACUCUUUCAAGCUGCCUACGCCUAAGCCGGAAGAGAAGAAGGAGGAACCGAAGAAGUAG